UCACUUGAGACAAGUUUUGCAUAGGAGUGAUGAUAUAUGAUGUAUCUCACUUUCAGCCUUAAGUUACUGCUCUAUAAACACUCCUAUGCCUCUCUGGAUCGAUCUGGCUGAAACUAUCUAAUCUUUGGAAUCUUCAAAGGCCAUAGCCCCCAAACAUUCACUUCAUUAAUUGAAAGGUUUCUUGAUUGCAUUUUUUUACAUUGUCACCCCUAGAAAGAUAUGGAUUCAAAGGAAGCCCUCACUGCAGCUAGCCUCCCUCCUCAUGAUCAAUCUCUUCCUCCUCAUGUCAUCCGACCUUGCGGUGCCUGUAAGACCCUCCGUCGACGAUGCGUCCCAAGAUGCGUCUUGGCACCAUUCUUUCCCCCAAAUCAACCCCUCAAGUUCAUGGCUGUACACAGAGUAUUUGGAGCCAGUAACGUGGUCAAGUUGUUGCAGGAACUUCCUGAGAAUCAAAAAGCUGAAGCAGUGGAUAGCUUGGUCUACGAGGCGGUGGCGAGGAUUAAAGAUCCAGUGCAUGGGUGUGCAGGUGAAGUUUGCCAACUGAAGAAGGUUGUGAGACAGCUCCAGUUGCAGUUGGCUACUGUAGAGUCCCAACUUCUGAUCAACAAACAAUACCAGCAAGAGAGCUUCUCAUGUGACAACAACUCAUUGAUAUGCAUGGAGAGGGAAGAAGCUCAACAACAACAACCCACGUUCCAACAACCCUUACUUGAUGACUUCAUGUUAGGUACAACAAGCUUCCAGAUUUGUGACCGCUUCCCAUGCAACAACUCAUUCUUUCCUUCUAAUACCACAAAUUUUUCAGGGAUGUAGAAAGUAGCUACUCCUAUAUUAAGUUUUAGUGUAAAAUUUUUAAGGUAAUAAAGAAAAUAAAAUGUAGACCAGGGGGUGUUUUAUAAAAACUGAGUAAGGACUCAUGAUAUUUGAGAAAGGCAAAGGUAUAUAGAAUUUAAAUUGA